AGGCGUCUGGAGCCAUGCCAUUGAGAAAGAGCAAAGAUAAAGAGGUUCAGCCAGCCCAGGCUGAACAUGCAGAUGACAGUCCAGUUUACUCGGAGGGUGAGAAUGAUCUAGUUGUUCCUCCUUUCUUAUCACCCUUCGUGGAGCGAUCUUAUGGCAAUUCAAUUUUCAAAGAAAGGGAUGCAGACCGCAGAGAUGACUUUGCUGAAUCAAAUAAUGUGUUUAAAGGUAUGACUGAACGUCUGGAUUUAGCAUUCAAAGAAAAGAACCAGGCUAUGCGGAGGUUUGUUGAGAGUCAAGCAGAAUUUUCCAGACGCCAGGAAGAGACAAUUAGACAAUGUAUAGAAGAAAUGAGACGGGUCUUUGAAAAAGGCACUAGGGUGAUGAGAGAAACUGGGGAAGAAAGUUGCAAACCACUGCAGGCUGUUUCAGAACAAGUGGUUGAGCAAGUGCGACAGCCCAGACCUGAGAUCCCUCCUCCAGUCGUUGAAAUGCCCAAACAGAUUCAGGAAGCCCCAAUCCCAGCACUCGGGGGGCAAGGGAAUCAGCCUCAUCCCAAUAUUCAACAACAACACUUUGUCAUUGGUGAAGGGCAAAGACAACACCAAUUAAUGGAGGCUGCUACUCCUGUUGUAGACCAUGGGCCAUCCUUGAGGUCAUUGGAAAAGAUUGAUAAGGGUAUCUUGAAAUUUCCAGACAAAGCGAAGGAAACCAUGGGAGUGGAUGCAGAUCCUUUUCCAGCUGUGUCUGUGGGUGUAAAUGUUGCAGACCUCAGGAGUGUUGCCAGAAAUCGCAGUCUGCCUUAUGCUCAAAGGAACCUUGCUGCAGAAGACUUAAGGUGGGUUCUUGAGGCGCAGAGAUCCAGACAUAGUAGGAGCGUCAGGUCAGACCAGCAGAGGCUCGGGGGGCAAGAAAGGAUCAUUGUGACCAGGAACUUCAGUCCAGAAGGUCACCUUCCAGACGGUGGGAGAAAAUCAGUCAUCCCAAGUUUCCAGCCCAGAAUCCCAGAACCUUGAGGCGCAGACUGCAGCGCAAGAGGGCUGAAG